AUGUCUCCUCCGAGCGCUAUCGACGUCGAUGUCCAGGCAAUUGACGACACUACUGCCGUUACUAUUCCAAACCCGCUCACUCUCGACAGUGUUUCGUCCAGACGUGCAGCUACUGGAAAACUGAUUGCUGGAGUCGCUGCAGUGGCCAAUGUUGAACAAUUCAAGGGCGAGAAGCAGCACCUUCACAAGCCUAAGGCCAAGAGAUGGGAUCACCGCUUGAACAUUGAAUCCUCGUCACGUAAAGGCAACUCACUCAAGGCCGCCGCCAAGUACCUAAAGAAGCCUGGUAUCAUCUCGCUGGGUGGUGGCCUGCCCUCGUCCGAAUACUUUCCCUUUGACGAACUGUCCAUCAAGGUGCCCCAAAUCGGCCACUGGUCUGAGCAAGAAACACGCGAACAAGGCGCCGUCCUGACGGCUGGAAAGGCUGACCUGGCCAACGACAAAUCCCUGUUCGACAUCACUACCGCCUUCAACUAUGGCCAGGGCUCUGGAUCCGCCCAGCUGUUGCGUUACCUUAUCGAGCACACAGAGAUUGUACACAACCCUCCUUACCAAGAUUGGUACUGUAAUAUGACCAUUGGAUCUACCUCGGCUUUGGACGUUGCCCUAAGAAUGUUCUCAGAGCGUGGCGAUGUUGUCUUGACCGAGGACUACACUUUUGCGACAGCUGUUGAGACAGCCGCACCCAUGGGUGUGCGUAUGGUCGGCGUUGGUCUAGACAACGAGGGUCUCCUCCCAGAAUCUCUCGACGACAUCUUGAGCAACUGGGACGAGGCAGCACGUGGUGCUAGAAAGCCUUUCUUGCUUUACACCGUGCCCACGGGUCAGAACCCUACAGGAGCCACUCAGAGCGAACAAAGACGCAGGGAAGUGUACAAGGUCGCCCAGAAGCAUGACCUCUACAUUCUGGAGGACGAGCCAUACUACUUCCUGCAGAUGCAACCAUACACAGGACCUGACUCGCCAGGAGUGCCGCCACCAAAGACUCACGCCGAGUUUCUGAAGUCGCUGGUGCCUUCAUUCUUGUCAAUGGACACUGACGGUCGUGUUAUGCGCAUGGACUCGUUUUCCAAGGUCGUUGCACCUGGAUCGCGAGUUGGUUGGAUCACAGCAUCGCAGCAGAUCGUUGACAGGUUCAUGAAGCACAUUGAUGUGAGCACUCAAGCACCCAGCGGUAUCAGUCAGCUGGUCCUGUUCAAGUUGCUCGACGAGCACUGGGGCCAUGCGGGCUUCUUGGACUGGCUGGUUCACAUCAGAAUGGAAUACACACAGAGAAGAGAUGUUAUGCUUGGAGCAUGUGAGAAGUAUCUGCCCAAGGAGGUCAUGAGCUGGAAGCCGCCAAUGGCUGGCAUGUUCCACUGGCUCCAAAUCGAGUAUGAGAAACACCCUGACCACAAGAACAAGUCGGUUGCGGAACUCGAAGAGAAGAUCUUCCAGACCAUCGUUGACCACGGCGCUUUGGUCAUGAAGGGCUCAUGGUUCUAUGCCGACAGCCAGGCCAAGCACGACACCAUGUUCUUCAGAUCAACAUACGCAGCUGCACCAUUCGAAAAGAUUGACGAGGCCAUCAAGCGUCUUGGAGACGCCAUUAGAGAGGAAUUUAAGCUGAACAGCCAAUAG